AUGGAAAAUAAAGUUGCAUGCUUUUGUCUAGCCAUCUUCCUCCUUACACUAGCCAGCCCCUGCCGGAGCCGGCCAAUUUUUAUUACAACCGACUCGCCGUCCGAUAAUGUCUCCGACGGAGUCCACAGUCUUCACCAGCCAAAGCUUCUUUAUCUCAACCGCUUGUUCUCGUCGGAUACUUGCACAGAGACGUACGGAUUUCUGCCAUGCACGACCACCGUCCUAGGAAAUGUUUUUCUCAUUCUUGUCUACAGUUACUUGAUGUUCUUGGGUGCCAAGUUGUUGUCUGAUGGGAGUGAGAUUCUGCUGGAAAUCCUCGGACCUGGGAUUAUUGGUGGCUUCUUCCUCCCUGUUUUGAGCUCUCUUCCUGAUGCAACAAUCAUCCUCGCAUCUGGACUUUCUGGGAGCACGGAAACUGCUCAAAGUCAGGUAUCGGUUGGGAUGGGGUUGCUAGCUGGAUCAACUGUAAUGCUUUUAACAAUUUUGUGGGGCACGUGUCUAGUAGUUGGCAAGUGUGACCUGGAGAAUUCAGUUGCUGUAGAUCAGAAAGAUACAAAAACAUUUAGCUUAACAGGAUCUGGGGUGAGCACUGAUAUCUGGACUAGCUAUGCUGCUAGAAUCAUGAUUAUAUCUAUUAUUCCGUUAAUAAUAGUCCAAUUACCUCAAGUUUUCCAGAAAACUUCUCUAAGUCACCUGGCAGUUCUGGUUUCGCUGCUUGUGUCCAUUUCUUUAUUGAUUGCUUAUACCCUUUAUCAGAUCUUCCAGCCCUGGAUUCAGAAGAGAAGACUUGCUUACGCGAAGCAUAAGCAUGUAAUAUCAGGAAUCCUAAGAGAUCUGAAAAUGCGUGCCCUGGGAAGACUUUUUAAAGAUGAUGGUCAACCAAAUACAGAUGUCAUAGAAACGUUGUUUAAGACAAUUGAUCAGAAUUCAGAUGGGCACCUGUCUGAGGCAGAGCUAAGAGCUCUGGUAAUAGGAAUUAAUUUUGAAGAGCUAGAUGCAAACACUAAUGAUGCUAUUGCAAAAGUGAUGAAAGAUUUUGAUACAUCUCGCGAUACACGAGUUGAUGUGAAUGAAUUUGUUGAAGGAAUUUCAAGAUGGCUUAAACAGGCUAGGCGAUCUGGAACAAGUGGGGAUAGCCAAGAUGAUCAAUCAAUAAGAUUUCUCAAUCAUUUUCAUCAGAAAACAAAGAAAGAACAAGAGCUUUUGGGAGAUCAGAAUGAUGAGGUUGUGGAGAGAAUUGAGAAUGCCAAGUGGCAUGCCUCCAAAGCAGGCUUCAUGUUGCUUCUGGGAACUUUACUUGCUGCUGUAGUUGCAGAUCCCCUUGUGGAUGUUGUUGACAACUUCUCAACUGCUACCAGCAUUCCUUCUUUCUUCGUCUCAUUUGUCAUUUUGCCCUUUGCUAGCUCCAGUGAGGUGGUGUCAACUCUAAUUUUUGCCAGAAAGAAGAAGUCGAGAAUGGCAUCCUUGAUGUAUUCAGAGAUAUAUGGGUCAGUGACCAUGGGUAAUGUUCUUUCCCUAGCAGUGUUCUUGGGUCUUGUUUACUUCCGCAACUUGACAUGGGACUUCUCCUCUGAGGUGCUAGUUGUGCUGGUCGUCUGCAUUUUGAUGGGUCUCAUUGCCAGUUUCCGCACUACUUUCCCUCUUUGGAUUUCAUUGGUGGCCUAUGCGCUUUAUCCACUUUCCUUGUUGCUUGUCUAUAUUCUUAACAAUGUUGUUGGGUGGUCGUAGACUCUUUCCUCUUUACAAGGAAGCAAAUGGAACCAUCUAUGCCACACUGCUUGCUCUCGGAGGUUUCAUGUUUAUAUUCUAUUGUUGGAGAAAUCAUUCCACAAGUUAUUCAAAACUAAAAGCUUUUCUGUCCUGAAAAGUUCUUGAGCAUAAUAAGAAGGUCCACUACUGCCAUGUUUUGUGGUAGGACAUGGUACAUCAACAAAUGUUUUUUAAAGAAGGUUACUUGCUUUCUUUUUUCGAUCAAGAAGUUCAAUAAUACAUGAUUGGUAUA